CUCCGCCCCCCUUUCCAUGGUGCCGAUGAGCACUUUGCCCGAAAUUACCCGCUUGUUUGCCCUACUAGCUUCCGAUCUCCGGCGAUCCAAGGCUGGCGCCGGCGCCGAAGGGGACGAAUUCGUUGGGCCAGUCUCGGCCCUCAUCCGUUCUCUCAACCCCGGCGACGAUUGCCAGCCUAGGGUUCGGGUUCUUGACGCCGCACUCUCUCUCAUGUGCUUCAAAUCCCUCGAGGUGUGCCAUGCUCGGAUCGAAGCCACGGUUCAAACCAUCGUUGCGGUGCUCACCUCGCUGGCCUCGUGCAAGGUCAUCCGGCUCAGUGGAGGGCGUGGGGAGGUGUUGCAAGUGGGGAACUCUAUCUCCUAUGAAGAUUGCAAUGACCUGAUCAGAACUUGUGGUGAUGUGAUUGAGAGUUUAGAACGGCAUGGUGGACUUUCUUGUAGACUGUUAUAUGCUGCUUUCAAAGCUGCACUAUCAUCAUCUCAUUAUUCAAGUUUAUUCCCAUUUUCAUCAACUUUUUGUGAUAGAAAUGGAAAAGGAAGUGAUGGCUCUUCUGAGAUGAAAUCUGUAGUGUCAAAGCUGACUUAUCUGCUUCCUGAAGAUUCCUCUGCUAACAACCAUGAUGAUGUUCCAAUGAGGUUAAUUUUGUGGAGCCUUGAUCCUUUGAUUUUGAAGCAUGAUAUUUCAGAAAUUUUGCGGGAAAAAAUUAGAAGACCAUUUCUUUGCUUGAAGAAAGAGUUGCAUAAUCAGCUGGCUUGGCGCUCAAUAAUCAUAUGCUUGGUAGCUUCUCCAACUGCGUUUGUAGAGACAAGAGCUUUACUGCACAACUGGUUUCUCUUGACGGGUCUGGAUUAUAUAUUGGAGGUUAAAGCAGCAAUUGUAGGAGCAGUGCUUGAUGUACUUUCCAAGCCUAUGGGGUGGGGUCUGUCAAUGGAAUUGGGACUGAAAUUCCCAUUUUCUUAUGCUUAUUUCCUAAACGUACAUCAAGACUUGUUGUCCAUCCUUACUGGUCCUAUUUCUGGUGAAAGAUUUUUGGAUCUAGUUCACCAUAUUUUGAUGGCAUCUUCUUCUGUGGAAAAACACAUAUGCCCGUCACAAUCUUCAAAUAUCAUUUCUGAACACGGAGUAUUUGAUUAUACAACAGUAGCUUAUAACUCAACCUGGACACUAUUGAUGGAUUUCCCUGUUUGGUUCUAUUAUGCAACUGCACUGGUGUUUUGUCAAAAAGAUUCUCUUGAUUCUGUCCUGUCAAGAGGUAUGCAUGCUGAGGCUGCCGGCAGUAAGGAGCUACAUGAAGCUGCAGUUUUAUUUAUUUCUUGGGUUCUAUGCCCAUUGAAUCAGGUGCACUUUGAUAUGCUUGUUAACCUUUUAAGUGACAUAUCUAGGUUAUGGGCCUUUAAUUAUCUAGCAAAUAGUGGCUAUGAGCAACGGCCUUCCUCAGAUACCCAUAACAAAACUUCACGCGGCAAGAGACUCAGAAUUUCUAAAAUGAGCACUUUUGAAAAGUCUCAUACAGCUCGACCUCAUGACAGCAGCUUGAUUGGAAUGUGGCUGACUGAAUUCCAGUCUCAUUGUGCUCAAUUUUUUUCUAAAUUUUCUGAAGGAAAGCCAAGACAAUCUUCUAGUCAGGAACCAAAUUUGUUACUGAGAAAGGUUCCCCUUGGCAUAUUAAUAUCUUGCCCUAGUGAUCUAGAUGAAAAGGGAAGUGAGCUGGUGCUACACUAUGCAUCCACCGGUAAAAUCCUAAAUCUGGAAAGGAGGCAGAAGAAGACUAACUGCCAUCAUAGUUAUGAUAAUCACGCUUUGUGCUCUGGAGAGAUUUAUGGAAAUUGGGCUCUCGAUGGUGCUUGUCUAGUGUUAAAUCUGAUGGAUAUAGUGGAGGAUAUAUCUGUCUUCUGGUUUGACUGUGAAGAGGCUCGGUUUGAUUUUGUUAGUCAUGCGAAAGGCAAUGCCUCUUCAUACUUGCUUCACUGUGUGAAGGUACUUCUGAAUCUCCAAUUGGAUCUGUUCCAGAGUGAUGACUCUCGAGGAAGAGAUGCAUUGCUGGAUCUGUAUUGGAGGUUAAUGCACUGGAAGGAUGAAUCUAAACAACCUUUUGAGGAAUGUAGAUUAUUUGAUGACUUUGUUGAUAAUUUUGCAAGGAGGUUUAGUUUAUUUGGUUAUCAAGACAAAAAAGCUUCGGAAGAUCCGGAUUUCUGAUUAUUGUUCAGUAUCUCUUAAGAUGUGAAAGUACUUGGAUUUGCCAAAUUAUACUUUGGAGUUGCCUCCUGCAAGGUGGGCGUUACAAUUGAGGGCCCAUAUAUUGAUUGUUCAGUUGAGUGCUGGGUUUAACUUAUCAAAUUUGUGGUUUGAUUACUAUGAAGCUGUUUGCCUUUGAUCAGAGUAUCAGGGAACUGCCAUUCUUUGCUUUGCAGAUGGUGUACAUUUGUGAAGAUAAAUGGACCAGGUUUGAUGUUCAUAACUUCCUUCUCUCUCUAUCUAAAGUAUUGGAGCCAUCAACCUAAUUGGAGCAGUGUAUGUGUUUUGUUAUUAAUCUUAUCCAUUCUUACUUGCACAAACCAGCUCAUACCGUACAUAUGACAAUUUAAUGUGAGGGAUGAUAAACCUAUAACGCGGAAGAAUCUUUGAUCUGGCUAGAUUUUCAUUUCAGUUUCCUCUGACAUCUUCGAUCUGGCUA